AUGCUGGCAUACCUGCUGUUUCUCUGGGCAACGCUCGCCCUCGCCAUCCCAAUUGACGAUAACCUCUACGAACAACAAGACGACAAUCACUGGGUCGUGACAUGGACGUCUAUGACCCAAGAGGUGGAACAGAGUAAUCUUCCACCUUCACCAUACAAUGGAGGAAGUGUUCAGUUCCGCAACGCGACGCUUCGUCAGACCUUCCACGCUUCUAUCGGCGCAUCACGCAUCCGUUUCCAGCUUACAAACACCUUUGGGGGUUCAGAUCUGCCCAUCACAGCAGGCUCCGUCGCCUUUCCACUCGGCGGAGCCGCAGGCGUAUCUGGAAUUGAUCCUGCCACCGCCAAGGGACUCACUUUCUCCGGGUCUCCGUCUGUGAUUAUCAAGCAAGGCGCGGUCGUUUACUCUGACCCGAUAGACUUUAAGGUGCAACCGCAGGCAAACAUCGCGCUGAGUCUGUACUCCCAGCAAGGCCAGUCUGGGACUCGUAUCACGGGACACCCCGGCAGUCGCACGACGUCAUGGAUGCAGACUGGAAAUCAGGUGAAUACAUCGUCUAUCGGAGGUGCUAGCACAAAGCACUGGUAUUUUGCUAGUGCUGUGGAAGCGUGGGCUCCCAGGAAUACGUCUGCGAUGAUUGUUCUUGGAGAUAGCAUCUCGGAUGGACGUGGGAGCGACGAUGACAAGAACAACCGCUGGCCCGACCUUCUUCUAGCACGCCUGCAAAAGGAGGAAAUAACAAACCUCGCCAUCGCAAACCAAGCAGCCGGCGGCAACGCAGUCCUCAGCGGCGGCCUCGGCCCCACCCUCCUAACCCGCUACUCCCGCGACGCGCUCACCCAGCAAGGCGUCUCCCGCGUUCUCAUCUUUGAAGGCGUAAACGAUAUCGGCGGCGGCGGUACCGAUACGGGCUCCCAGCAGCGCAUCGGCGACGGGCUCAUCGCCGCGUACCAGAAGAUCGUGGCCGACUGCAAGAAGGCCGGGCUAGCUACCGUCGGGGCGACCAUCACGCCGUUUGCGGGGAGCGGGCAGGCGUACUCGAACGCGGAGAGGGAGCGGACGCGUGUGAGGGUGAAUAAAAUGGUUGACGAUAGUGAUCCGGAGGCGCAGGUCAGGUCCGCCAGCGCUCACCAGUCACAACGGAGGGCCCAUGGAACCAAUGGGUCCGGAUUUCCGCCCCCGUCGCCAAUACCGCAACAACCUUGGACAGAUCAUAACGCCAACGCCGAUAAGACUCGGAGUUGGACCGGCAAGUUUAGCUCGCUCAAGACUUUUAGGGACAGCACAAAUGGUGCAUCGAGCAGGCCUCAUCCGCCAGUAAGGUCCCGCGUGAGGACGCCGUCAUCACGGGGGUGGUCCAAGCCAGAGAAUGGUGGAGCGGUAAUCUUCACGGGACAUGUAGUCCUCAUCAUCUUCGAGGUCAUUGCAAUUGUCAUCUCCUCACAGAGCCUUCAACGAGUCAAGAAGUUUCCGGGACAGGUCCAGAGGGCCAACUUUGUCUCCAUGAUAUCGCUGAUAUCCAUGUGCGUCGAGGUUGGCGCUUGGAUCAUCGUCACCUUGGUGGCGUGCUCUUGGUUUGGGAUGGCUCUCUCUGUUGGGUUUGCCGCCCUCCUCUGUCUCAACGCCACCGCGACGGGAUCAUAUCUCAUUUUUGCGAUGAAGGCCAAUCUAGACAAGGCUCUCUGCAAUGAAUACGGUGAGCAGUCGGCGGAGUGCUGGACUGGACUGAGGAUGGGCAUGGCGGUGGGCGUGUUCCGGGUGUUGUUGCUGUGA